CACGUACACUGAAACUGGCCUGCGUCUACACAACACACAGCUACAGGAAAAGAGCUCCGAGGGGGGUAGGUGGGAGGGUAAUUUAGCUCCGCACAGGUUUAUGGCUAUUUUCCAGGUAUUAGCUCCUCACGCUUAGCUCGGGUUUCCGCCAAAUCACCUCCAAAACCCGGUGUUUAUGAGCCUACCUAAUCCCAUACUGCAAUGGAAUUCCAGAUAUUUGCAGACAGAUAUCCCGGCUUUGCAAGUGUUUGAUCAGAUCCGUCCGAAAUCUCUUUGCUCGAUACGCCCGCUCCCAUCCGUACAGCAACCCGACCCCCGGCCGCGCCCCCGGCCCCGCACCACGCCGCGCGCCCGGCCCGAGGCCAACGCAGGACCAGCGUCUCCCGGCCCGGGGCUGGCGGGCGACCCGGGCUGCGGGGGCUCGGCAACAGGUCACCCUGACCGCGGGCGCGGGUUCGCGGGCUGCCGGCUCAGCUACCGGCUUCGGGGGCGCAGCGCCAGGGCCAGGGGAGGGGGUGUGGCCCGGCUCCGCGGUCCCGGCGCGUUGGUCCGGACUCCCGCUCACCUGAAGGGAGGCUGAGG